AUGGCUGAUCAAUCUACCAACGCAGCCAGCCCGCGGGCGACUGCCUCUGACGCUGCGACGACGACUUCGCCCGCCAGCCAGCCACCUGCGCAUCCUCACCCUGCCAACCAAGACAUUGCGGCCCAGCCAGUGGCGACUGACGAACCUAUUGAGGCCGACGAUGACAACACGACCGACGAUGCGUCGACAAUCGACGAGCGCCUGUCGGAGUACACUGCGUCACUGACGUCGAGCGUUGUCGAUUAUCCCGAGGAGUAUGGUCGUCGGUACCAUGCGUAUCGCCCAGGCACUUACGUCCUACCCAACGACGAGGUUGAAAUGGAACGCCUCGACAUGGCGCAUGCGCUGAUGGUCAGGUCGAUCGGGAGCCGACUCUACCUCGCGCCUCUCAAGAAAGAUGAAGUGCAUCGGAUCCUGGACAUCGGAACAGGCACUGGAAUUUGGGCUGUUGAGAUUGGUGACAUUUUCGGCCAUGCCGAAGUUAUUGGUAACGAUCUGAGCCCUAUUCAGCCAGAAUGGACACCUCCGAACGUGAAAUUCGUGAUUGACGAUGUCGAGAGCGACUGGGUUGGCCAUGAGAAGUACGACUUCAUUAUGUGCAGAUACAUGGCUUGCUCCAUUCUAGACUGGCCUAAGCUGGUGGAGAACAUCUACGACAAUCUCAAACCCGGAGGCUGGGCAGAGUUCCAGGAUAUGUCUACUGAGUAUUAUUCGGACGACGGAUCAUACACCGACAAGCAUGCCACGUGGGCUUGGAACAAGUCCUUUCUCAAGGCUUGCAACAUCCUCGGACGUGACCCCUGCCCCGGGCCUAAGCUUGAGGGCUGGGUGAAGAGCGCCGGCUUCACGAAUGUCUUCCACAGGCGAUACAAGGCCCCGAUGGGCCCCUGGGCUGCGGAUCCCGUUUAUAAGGAUAUUGGGAUGCUCAACCUGGCGCAACUUUUGGAGGGACUGGAGGCUUUCUCGCUGAGACUGUUCUGCGGCGUGCUACAGCGGACGAGGGAAGAGGUCCUUGUCGAGCUGGUGAACGUCCGCAAAGAGUUGAAGCAGAGGGCUUUCCAUGGCCUUUUUGAUCUUCACGUAGCUUACGGACAGAAGCCUCUGGAGGAAUAG